UCAUUACUGUUAAUUUUCUAUAAAGAAGCUUUUUUUUAAGUAUGUGCAUUUAUUUUACCCAACAAUUAUUUUCUUUUAGUCUUCAAAAAUAUUUAGUCCCACUAGGUGACGCAAUGCACACUCACUCGCUUAAUUUGAAAAUAAGUUCUGAAAAUGGCGUCCCAUCGUUAUACGCAUGCAAUUGUUUGUCGUAUUCCACUCAGUUUUAAAACGAAAGCCUUGGGAAUUUCAGAAGAAAUUGACUUGGACAAGGCCAAACAACAACACGAGGAGUACUGUAAAAUUUUAAGAGACGCCGGUCUCGAUGUUAUUGAACUUCCACCAGAUGAAAAUCUUCCCAAUUGUAUUUUUGUUGAAGAUACUGCCGUAGUUUGUAAUGGGACAGCGUUGAUUUGUCGUCCGGUGCAUGCGCCGCGACAAAAAGAGGUGGAGAUUAUUAGGACUAUCAUUAAAAAGGAGCUAGAGCUACCAGUUGUAGAAAUUGCAGAUCCAAGUGCAACAAUAGAAGGUGGUGAUGUACUCUUUACAGGUCGAGAGUUUUUUGUUGGUCUUUCAAAUCGUACAAAUGAAGCUGGAGCCCGUGCUUUAGCAGCAGCUUUUCCAGAAUACCCCGUGACUCCUAUCAAAAUUGGACAUACACCUCACAUAAAAUCUUUGGUGUCAGUGGCAGGUCCCGACAUUCUGUGUGUUAGUGAAGGGAAAGAAAGCAAAAGUGUUCUCAAGAGAAUUGAACAAGAAGCUUCCUUUAGAUACCAGACAAUCACAGUUCCUGAUGAUAAUGCUGCCAAUUGUGUAUACAUCAAUGGGACUUUGAUCUAUUCUGCAGAAUAUCCAGAGAGCAUUAAGGUGUUCGAAGAGAGGGUGGACUACAACAAAGUUUCAGCGAAUGUAAGUGAGCUGAGAAAAGCACACGGUGCACUCACAUGUUGCAGCAUUCUGAUAAAAAAGACCAAAUAUUUGAAGAAGUUGUAGAAAAAAGUUUGUUAAUCCUUACGUAUUACUACCUGAAGAUUUCAGUUUAUUGUGGAUCAUGGCAUAAAUGCCAAGUUUCUCUUGUGAUAGAGAUAUUUACUUUGAUAUAUACAUAUAUAUAUAUAUACUGAAUGUAUAAAAUUACAGAUUUUAUUAUUUUAGAGCAUUGUUAAGGCAAAGGUAAUAAUGGCUUCAUUUUAACACGAAGCUAACCUUCCAUGAAAGUCAUUUUUUAUAGUGUUGCUUUGUUUUGAAUUAUGUUUUUUUAAUAAUGGAGUAAAAAUCAUUGUGCAGUGGAUUUUUUAUGUUGAUAUGCCAUUAGUCCCACCAUGCUUAGUUUCUUUUCUAAGUAUUAAAUGUUUUUUAAUCAUUAAGUUGGUUUAAAUAUGACACUAUUUUUUAAUGAUUGAGUUGAUUUAAAAUUUAUACCUGUUUUACUUUUUAUUCAUUUAUCUUUAUCAAUUUUUACUAAAGAAAUAUUUAAUAGGUUAAUAGUUAAAAUUUUCACUAUAUUUGUUUUUGCAUCUAUAUGUAGAAUUAAAGCACUUAAAUGUGUAGCAUUAGUUUAUAGGCACAUGUCUAAUUACAGUUUUAUACAAGAGUUGUAACCUAUCUUAACUUGUGCCAUCUAUCUAUUAAUUUUAAAAAUAUAUUACUGAAUGAGACAUUUGUGUAAGUUAAAGGCAUGCAUUUAUAGAGUAAACCAUUACUAAACAUUCACAAAUUUGGCAUUUAACAGGAACAUCCCAAGUUUAAACUUUGAACACUGAAAAUAUUACUUUUGGUGUAUAAUUUGUAAAACUUAAUUAAAAUUCAAAGCCCUAGUAUUAUAGUAAAACCUGCCAACUUUAUACUCAAAACUUUCAAAUUCUGGUAUUGAACUAAAAACCUGGUAAGUUUAAACUGAUAAUUUAAAGUGUUGGCUUUUGACAAAAACUUGCCAUGUUUAAUGUUCAAAAUAUGACAUUAGAUUGAAAGUUGCCUUAUGUUUAUGGAGAUACGAAAUUUUAGCAUUGUACAUAAACUUAUCAACUUUUAAAAUCUGAAAAAUUAUAAACUUUAACUAGCCAGAUUUAAGCACUGAAAUUCACAUCUUUGUUUACAACAUGAAAUUUCUCACAAUAGGUUUUAAAAUUCAAAAUUUUACUUAUGAAUUGGAAGUUAAAAGUUACAACGGUUAAAGCUGUGUCAGUGAUCUGGAAUUUGGCAUUUUUUUAUUUGGAAAAUUAAGAAAACAAAACUUAGAAAUAAAUUGAAAUGUGUGUGGCUUGAGAUUUAUAACAUUGGAACUGAACCUUGCUAAGUUUAAACUGAAAAUUUGGUUUGCUAGCACUAAAUUAUAGUUUAUAGAGCUUUAGUUUUGUUGGUGAUCAGUGUUUGACUUAAAGUAUUAUUAUCUAAAAUUUUAGCAAUGAAGGAAAACUUCAUUUGAUUUCAGCAUUCAAAACUUUAAUGUUGGAGUUCAAUUUACCUUGUAAACAUUGUAAUAAUACCAUAACUGUUCUUCAAAUAAUUUCCUUCAACAUUAAACUUGUUUUUUUUAAACACAUUUAACAUGUGAUCAAUGGAUAUUCCUAUAGACUGUAUUGUGGGUUGUUUCAGAUCAUUCUUGCUAUGAAUUGAAUGUACUAACACAGGGUUUCUGAACUCUUGAGAUUUCUGUUGUAUUUCAAGAUGAUGUUUUUAUUACAUAAACAAUGUUUAUGUAAGAAUUUAUUCCAAAAUUUUAGAAAGAUGGAAACAGAAGUAACAGACAAUUGUAGCAAUGUGCCUUUAAAUUUAUUCAUUUCACUUUUACAUAUAAAUAUAUUUAUGUGUCUAAGUUAAAGUUUAUACAAAGUAGAUUUGUCUUUCUAAUUUAAUGUUAUAUGUUGUUAUAUAUCUGGUUGGGUUAUGUUGUGCUUCAUUAAAAGUAAUGUGUUUUUGUCAUUGCUAAUUAGAAACAAAAAUCUGUCUUUGUGAUAUGGAACUAAAAUGAAUUGCCUUAAAAAUAGAGAUUAAUUUCUCUGAUAAUGAGCAACAUUGUGUAUGUGCUUAUAACUCAAAACAUAUCUCUAAUACCUGUUUUGACAGUAGUUCGUCAGUAGAGCUUAACAAGUGGUUGUUACGAUAUUAUUGUAGUCAUACAACAUUUUCACAAUCAACCUUGUAGUGAGUUAGUUUCAUGUGUGACGUGGUGAAAUCCAAAACACAUUUUAUCCUUUUUAACAGAAGUCAUAUACUUUCAUUAUUUAUGUGUGUGUAAAUGAAUUUGAAUUGGUCUAUAAAUUUGUCAUAGGUGUUACUUAAGGAUAAGUUGUGUUAUAUGUAUAUCACAUAAAAGUGUCACAAUCUGGACGUGAAUACCUACAUAAUUUUUAAAAGCAGCAGAAAAUUAUAUCUACAUAAAGAUGUUAACUUUUUAUGUUUUUAUUAAGAAACAAAUUAAUAAAGAAUGAAAACUGAAGCAGUAUUUUACUAAAUUGGAUAAGACUGAGUAUUUCAUUAUAAAACUAUGACUAAAGAUAUGAUUAUAACUAUAAGAACACAGAUGAUGAUUGAGGUGCUUAUUAUAUUACUAAAUGGCCUUUUAGCUUAGUACUAUCAAAACUCAAAAAUCUAAUACAUUCCAGAUCAGUUAUGUAUUACUAAACAAUCAAAUCCUGUAAGUUGUUUAUAAAUUGUGAUGAGCCUUAUUGAAGUUAUAUUAGUAUUUGAGGAGAAUUCCUCAGACUAUAAAAAAUUCAGAAACUUACGAAGUGAAUGAAGAUACUUUAAUAGUUUGAUUACAUUUUUAAUUUGCCUAGUUCAAGCUUUAAUCUGAACAGGUUUACUAAUUCUAACUUAAGUACACUCCUCAAUUAAUUAGAUUUGUCUGUGGUCAAUUUCUUUUUUAUAUAGUUAGUUUGAUACUGAGUUGGUCUGUGACCCUAGUAAAUUACAUAAAAAUAGUUAAAGCAUUGCUAAAAGUAACGACCCAAUAAUUUGAUUAUUUGAAUAUUCUAUUUUUAAUAGGAUUCAACAGUUUAGUACAGUAUAUUUUCUAAAAUCGUUCAUAUUACUGAAGGCAGUGUUGAGUUAAUUAUUUUGAAGCCAAAUAAAUGUGAUUAAUGGUUAGAGAUCCAAAAUGAUGAUAUCCAUACAUUCUUUACCCAACUUUUGUUUUUAAGCUUAACUUUGCAUAGAUUGAAGUUUUAGUUUUGCUUGAAAUAUACAAGUCCCUUGUUUACCAAGCACUGAUGACUGUACUUAUGUAAACAACAUUACUAAAACAAUAAUAGGUACUUGUUUUCCAUAAUUAUUGUAAAGCAGAUUGUGAGAAUAGGAACCAACAAUGAAUAUAUGCGGUAAAAUUAUUUUGUCUGAAUAAAUUUUACAAGAUGUUUGAUUUUGUUGCUCAUCUAACUUGUAUAUUUAGACAAUCCAGGAACAUUAGAUUUGAAAUACUUUAGAAUUAGUCACUGAUUUCAAUAGUAAUUAAUGAAAUAAUGAUAAGUAAGUUAGUUCUUUUCAUGAGUAAGAGGCAUAUAGGGCUGAGGCUUAACAAUGGUUUCCUGUGGCACAAGCGAAUGAAAAUGGUGACACAUUGUUCACCUGGGUGGGAGUCUACCUAGCUGUAUAAUGUUUAGCUUGGAGUUAACUUGCAAUGGACUGGCAUGUGAAGCAAUUAAGGAGAAGUGUCUUGCCCAUGGACACAACAAAAGCCUUGAAUCGACAACUUCUCGACUAUGAGUCCUGAGCACUUACCAGUAGGUCAUGCCGCCUCUAUAACAAUACAUAUACUGUUAUAAAGAUCUUGAAGUUCAUAUAGAAGACCAGGGUAAUUUAACACGAAGGACAAACAAAGUGAUAAUUGAAUUUGCACUUGAAAGAUUUCAAAAUAACUAACAUUAAUGAUCAUUUGAAAGAAUAAUAUGUUCAUUAGUUACUAAAUAUAAUUACAUCCAUAAAAUAUUACUCUUUCCCUCUCCAAAAGAGUUUUUUUUUUAUCCUUACUGGCCUCACUUAGCUAAGUGUUAUCUGGAUUCAUUGCUAGCAAACAUACUUCACUAUUGUACUAUAUAUUAUUAUUCACUACAGUAUUCUACUACUACUAGUUUAAUUUGUUUUUUAAGUAGAAAGUUUAGAUAUACUACUUAUUUUUAGUUAUUGUACGAACCGAGAAGUGUGUUUCUGCUAAAGUUAAAUUUAUCUUCCACUUUAAAUUAAAAUUUAACCAAAAAGCCUUCAUUUUCUACAUAAAAUGAUUAUGCAUGUUAGUGUAUAAUUCGUACUUGGUAUUUGGAUUAACAUCUAGGUGUUAUUGUUUUACUUGUUGUUUCAUAAUUGAGGCUGUAGGUAUGUGGCAGUAGCAAUAAUUAUGCUGUGUUAGACUUGUCACAUCUGUGUAAAGUUUUGAGUCGUUUGAGUUAGUUCGAUUGAUAAGAGAGUGUGUUAUAUUACUUUUUUAAAAGUGAUGCUAGAAAAGUAAAUUGUUAUGGAACAUAUCCAUAUGAAACUAAGUGAUGGAUAUUAUCAUAUGAACCUGGUUCCAAAACUCAUCCUUGGGUAACUCCAGUUGAACAGUGGAACAUAUCCAUAUGAAACUAAGUGAUGGAUAUUAUCAUAUGAACCCGGUUCCAAAACUCAUCCUUGGGUAACUCCAGUUGAACAGUGGAACAUAUCCAUAUGAAACUAAGUGAUGGAUAUUAUCAUAUGAACCUGGUUCCAAAACUCAUCCUUGGGUAACUCCAGUUGAACAGCAGAAAAAUAGUAGAUGUGAUAAUAAACAUUCUUGUAAGAAAUAAGAAACAGACAAAUUCAGUUUACUUAGAAAGCAAAUUAGAACAAUACAAACCACUAGCUUACUUAUAAACAUGGAAAAUGGGAAAGUAAGAGUGAUAGAAAAUAUAUGAUGAAACAUUAGAACUGACUUGAGUAAAUGUGUUACAUCAUCAAAUGAAGAUACAUUAUGGUAGGUACUGUACUGUGUUAAUUCUCAAAAUACACAUUAAGUUUGCAACCAGAGUCUAGAGAACAUCAUGGAACCUCCAUUAUAGUGUAUGACGACUCAAAUUCUACAGUGUUCAUUCUGUGUCCUUGCAUAAUUCGUUGAAGAAGUAGGUUCUAAUUGGGAAAUGCAAAUGUAAAUAACAAAAAUUAAUAAUUCUCACUCAAAGGUAGCUAAAGGCAGAGUUUAAAACCCAGAAUAUGCAGGCAGAAUGAUUUCCAUUUCUAACCUUCCAUGGUAAAAUGUAUUAUACAAUCAUUCAAAAUAUCCUUAUUUUAUCCAUAGAAGGCUGAUGUUAGAAGUGUUCCCCACCUAAAUUAAUCAGGAACUUAAUGAGAGUGUUCUUUUCUUACUUUGAGUGUCUGCAUUAUAACACUGUUUUAUGUGUAUUGCAUUUCUCAUUAUUGUUUACAUUCCAGUGUCAUUGGAAAAGUGAAUAUGUACUAACAAACAUGGCAACCCCUAAAACAAUAACCAGUAAAUUAUUCUGUCCCAUGAGACACUGGUUUUUUAGGUACUUCCACAGACCAUAUUUGGAGUAUAUGUUGUUAUAGCAACAAAGAACAAGCUGCAUACACAGCUAGCUCCAAAAGUAUAAACAGUUUUUUUGACAUAUGCUUUAAUGAAAAAAAUUCAAACUGUAAAAACUGUCAUUACAGAUUUGAAUGCCAAAAUACCUUAACUACUGAAAUUAAGAAGCUCCACUUAGAAAUGAUUGCAGGAAAUAAAAAUUAUGCUAAUCUACUUGUUGCAUAUACACAUUGCAGGUAGUUUGCUGGCAUAUGUAAUGAUAUUAAUCACUUAUAAGAAUUAUUAGAUAUUUUAAUGCAAAAUCAUUCAAAGCACAAAAAACAUGGGGAGGGAUAGACCAAGAGACACUAAAAUGUUACAAUAAUUGUGUUCUUACAUCUCAAUUUCUUUCAAAGAAUAUGGCAAACAAAGGUGUGCACCUAUACUUUGAAGAAGCCUGUUACAUAAUCAAUUCAAUGUAUUGCCUUUUUUUUACCUAUGAAUUUUAUUGUUCCUACUAUUAAUAAAGGAAAUAGCCAUUUUAUAAAAUUUAGUCUUUAAGGAAUUUUUGCCUUGUACCUAAGAAAUAUGUUGCUUAUAAUAAAAGUACAAAAAUAUUGCUAAUCAUUUAAAAGUUGAGUAUUUUUGACAAGAGAAAAUGUAUGCUAUUUCUGUGUGUUUUAAUACUUGUAUUCAUGAUUAUUGACACAUGUUCAUUAUCUUAUUACAGGAGUUUAUGGUAAAGAGAUUAAAUACGGUUUCUUGAUAGUUUAUAAGUAAUUAUUACAAAUUAUUAUUGUGAUAUACAUAAGAUUUCUUUUUACACCUAUAAUGUGUGUGUAUUGUGCAAAUAUUGGACUUGACAAUAAAUAAAAAGCUAAUGAAAGGUA